AUUCUUCUUCCCCUCCUCUCCUUUUCAAACUACCAACACACAUCCUUGGCUGUCCUUUUGGCUGCGCUACGGUACGAGCUAAAAGGUUGCCCUACUUGCUAAGGAGACGACGUUGCUUGUGUAUGCAUGUCUGCAUGAAUGAGCGAGUGUGUUUGUGAGUCAGUGAAUGAGAGACUGACCUCACAUACCAGUCGAGACGCCAACCGGAACAGAAGAGGAAAAAGAGAAAGAAAGAAAGACACGAGAGAGAAAGAGAGGGAGAGGAAAGACAGGACAAAUAAACACGCAAGAAAAAAAGAAAAAAAAGUAAAGACAACAGCCCAUCAUGGACGCGGCCUGUCAGUGCGGGGCCGUCACUUUCAAGACCCCCAUAGGGAGGCCCCUGGCGCUCUACAUAUGCCACUGCGCAGAGUGCAGGCGCCAGACCUCGUCUGCUUUUGGCACAUCGGCCAUCUUCCCGCGAUUCGAGCUGCCGGAUGCCGAGCUGCUGAGCGUCUAUACACGGCCUACCGUCUCAGGACAGACGCUGUACUGCUACUUUUGCAAGAAGUGCGGGACACGGCUCAUCCACACCACACCUAACAAGAAUGUUGUCUCCGUCAAGGGCGGCUGCCUCGAGGGGCUCGACUGGUCCCGGGCCAUCCACAUCUGGACGCAGUCUGCCAUGAUCCCUAUCCCCGAGGGCGCUGAGAGCUACUCGGAGGAGUCAACGCAGAGCAGCUACGGCGACUCACAGGAGUGUCUGGACCAGCCCGGGAUGCUGACCGGGAGCGGAGGAAUCCCUGGCUCGAGCCUGGGCCGCCGAGAGGGCGAGGGAGGAGGGCCGCAGCCGAAGAGGGAGGGGCUUUGUGAGCUUUCGGGGUCGAACCUGAGCAAUAUGCUGCAUUAAUGUAAAGGAGAGGGGUUUUUGGCAUGGAGAAGAGACAGACACACAUGUAUAGAGAGGGGAGGAGAGAGCAGCAUGAAGAUAUCCAAAAAGAAAGGUAAAUUAGUAUGAUAUGGUUCUCAAUGUCUAGGAGAGGUCGAUCUAUCCACCUGUCAAUAAGGGGCCAGGAAGAACCAAAGGAAUAUACAUAUCGGCUCACACACACA